GACGAAGAUAAGAAUGGAGACGAUGAAAUGGAUGAACGUUAUUGGAGUUGUGCUUGAAGCAUCUGAUGACGGAUUUUAUAAGAUUGGGACCAAGCAUGGUAUCCUACAAAAAUUAUAUUGCAGAAAUGAAUUUUAUAUCUGCACACAAAAGUUUUUAUUGGAAGAAGAAGUAAACAAGAACAAUGAAAUUUCGUUAAGAACUGCAGCGAUAAAACAUUCAGUUGGAACAGGCCAAGGUUUCUUUAAGUGUAGUUGCACCAAGAAGUGUAUGUCGAAUCGAUGUCUUUGCAAGAAAAAUAACGUUCUCUGCAACUCGAAAUGCCAUAAUAGUUUGACAUGUAAUAACAAGUAAAUAAUAAAAAUUACUAAACAUGUUUGUAAUA